AUGGAUAAAAACCAAAUUUUAACAUAUAUUCAACAACUAUUUCAAUAUUAUUAUAAAUGUGAUGGUGAUACCUCACAUAUAAAUACAAUAAUAGCUUUCAUACAAGAGGGUAAAUUGAAUAUAGACACACUACCCCUCUAUAUUGAAUCAUUGUCAAAAGAUCUUCCAGAAUAUAAAUUAAUAAAUAAAACACCAGAACAUAUUAAAAACAAAGCAUUAUCAUCAACAAAUAAUAAUAUAAUUAAUAAUACAAAUAGUAAUAAUUUAAAUAAUAAUAAUAAUAAUAAUAAAGAUCCAGUAUCACCAAGAAAUAAUAAUAAUAGUUUUAAAUAUUAUAAUAAAGAUACAAAUACAUUUAAUAAAGAAUUAAUAAAACAAAAUUUAAAUAGUGCAACUGUAAAAAUAUACGUAGAUGAAUUAUAUUUAGCAUAUACAGGUAAAUUGGGUGAUCCUGCAUCUACCCAUUAUUUAAUUAAAUCAAUCAUGGAUAAUAGUUUAUCAGUUCCACAAGCUGAAUUACAUGUCAAAUUUUCAAAAGAAGCCAAAGCAUAUUUAGGUCAAGUACAGAUAAAAGAGAAUAAAAGAAAAAAAGCAGAGGAGUAUAUUUACGAACUUUUUAAACUAUAUUUUGGAAAAGAUUAUUUGGUACCAUUAGAUGAUUUACAUUACUUCUCAAGUUUAAUCGUUGAAGAACCAAACCCAGAUUAUCAAGCCAUCGAAGAUGAAAUAAAAGAAAAAGCAAUAUUAAAUGUUGUAAUUCCUUCGAAAAAACCAUUCAAAUAA